AUGAGAGUUAAUAAAAUGAUCAGCUAAGAGAAAAUGCUUUGAUCUUCUACCAAAUUCUCUCAUCUUAUUCCUUAAGGAAAUGACUAGUUUGGAGAAUUAUUUGUAUAUGGAUAUUGGGGCUUAAAGGGUUAAGAGGUGCUGUAAGAGAUGAAACAGCUUUGUUUUAAACUAAAUAAAUAUAGCUUUGAUAGUCAUUGAUUUUUCUUGUUGGAGUGAUCAUCAACAGCAAGCAAAAAAGAUCCAAGUGUUACCCGGCCAAUUGUGUUUUUGUCCAUUUAUUUGUUACACUUUUUAACAUGCAUAUGUAUCUUAAAAGUAACCGUUAGACUUGUUUUUCUGUAGAUGGUCUAUUUGUUGCCAAGUUUAAGCUGCCUGAUGUGUAUGGUGUAUUCCAGUUCAAGGUGGAAUAUAAUCGUGUUGGCUACACCUAUUUACAUAGCAAAACUCAGGUAAUAAGUCCUGUGCCUUGUAUGUCUGUUGCUUCAUUUUUAUAUCUACCUUUACAUGCUCUCACUGCCUUUGUUUCUGGGUAUACAAAUAUUACUAAUGUAUUAAAAUAACAUUAAAACAAAGGAUGAUAUAAUAAUAAUUUGAACCAACGAUGUUAGAGCAGAGGCUGAGGGGUCAAGGGGUAGCUGCAGCCCCCAUUUUGGAAAUUGUACUUUUUUUUCAUGGGCAAAGCACUUGGGAAUCAGUCAGAACUGCUUGCUUCUCAAAAGUAGCCAGCAUUAAUUUUUUUGGCUGGUGAAAUCACUUAAUCCAACAAGUGUUUAUUCAAUAAUACAAAACCUUUUAAAAGAAUAUAUUAAAUGUAGUUAUGGCAGAAAUUGUAUACUGAUUUUGUGGAAAUGAUCAAAAUUAAUUUUCUUUUUGUGUUUGGUCAGUUUUAUGACAUCUCUCUAAGUGAUGGUGAACCUGUAAUAGGUUUAACUUCCUGCUCGCAGACUAGCAUUUGGUAGCAGUCCUCCUCAAGAAUGUGCAUUAUCACAAUUGCGCACAAAUUACCCAGUCUGUGCACUGAUCUCAGAUUUCUUGAGAUUAUGUUGAUUCUUGUUGUAAUGUGCUGCAUUUUGCUCAGUGGAGCUCUUAAUCAGUGAUCUACAGCAUUGAAGACUUGUUGGUGGAGAGCACUUUUGUUAUCCUCAACAUUGGCAAUAAAAUCAUUUUUGACUGUGACAUUGUUAAAAAAUAAACACUUAACAACUGGUCCCCCAGGAAACAGUUCAUUUUGUUUCCCCAAAAUCUCGCCUUGGGAAACAUUGAGAUUUGGGGGAAACAAAAUUAAAAAUUACCGCGGCCUGUUUAGCUCAGUUGGGAGAGUGCUGGUCUGCUGAGCAGGAGGUCACAGGUUCAAACCCCGGCCGGACCAUCACGCAGGGUCUUUGAAUAACUGAGCCCUGAAGAAAGUGCUAUCCUUGUAAUGUCAUCUGCAAACAGACUUUCUCCUCUUUCUUGUCUUCUCAGAUAAGGACAAAAAACCGAAGGUUCUGUCUCACAGCACUUUCACUUAUCUGGUUCUUGUGGGACAUAAAAGAGCCCACACCACUGUUUGAAAAGAGUAGGGGACAUAGACCCAGGUGGUGUGGCCAAUCUUUCCUGGGCUGGGUGGGUUAUCUGCUAGGAGAGAUCUCAAUAUAGGGAUAACCUCAUGAUCAUUCUUCAUGGGUUGUAAUGGCUAUCUGUAAACAGUGUAUGUAUGUAUGUAACUGUUUCCUGAGGGACCAGUCUUUAAGUGAUUUGUGAUACAGCUGGAAAUUUUGAUGUUGGAAAUAUCCCAAACCUUGCUGCAACGGCAGUCGUUGGUCAACAUUAGCGGGUAACAGUGCACUGUUACCCUCUGAUGUCAUAGAUUAUGCAGUGUUGCCUGUACAGAGAUUUUGGUGGGAAACAGUUUCAUUGUUAGAUGUCAUGUGACCUCAAAGUAAAAAUUUCCAGCUAUUAUUGACAUUUACUGUCUAGUACAUUGCAUUGUUUUCUUUUGAUGUUAUCUAAGUUCUGCCGGUUGUCUCUUUGUUUAUAGGUGUCUGUACGUCCAAGAGAGCACACACAGUAUGAAAGAUUCAUUCCUUCAGCUUAUCCUUACUACGCCAGUGCCUUUUCUAUGAUGCUGGGAUUGUUUAUCUUCAGUUUAGUAUUCCUGCAUCAUAAAGAUGAGGCAAAAUCCAAGGCAGAAUAGCCAGCCUUGCAUGCACAGUUUUCACUUUGCCAUAGUUUAGUAGUAUC